AUGUCCAAGUUUGCCAGCUUCGUCGCUCCCAACGAGCCAGCCGACCCUGCCCCUAAGGGUAUCCUGGCGACAGCACGCCAGGCAUGGAAAGACCUCUUUAUCUGGAACCAAAGGGCCGAAGUCAUUAAUGAGUACGGGGAGGCCCGAUACGAGUGGCAGAAGCCUGAACCGUUGAAGAAUCCCAUCAGCCUCUUCGCGCAGCUGUCCGCUCGCGACUGGCUGUUCUUCCUUGUGGGCCUCGCAGCAUGGACCGCUGAUGCCUUCGACUUCCACGCUCUCAGUAUCCAGACAGUCAAACUAGCCGCAUACUACAAGCAGUCAAACACCUCCAUUUCGACAGCGAUCACCCUCACCCUUCUGCUGCGCUCUAUCGGCGCCGCUUUCUUCGGCCUCGCAGGUGACAAGUUCGGCCGCAAGUGGCCCAUGGUUAUCAACAUGAUCGUGCUCGGCGUGCUUCAGAUUGCCACCAUCUAUAGUGCAACCUUCAACCAGUUUCUCGCAGUCCGGAGUCUUUUCGGCCUCUUUAUGGGCGGCGUCUACGGCAAUGCCAUUGCUAUGGCUUUGGAAAACUGCCCGACUAAUGCGCGCGGUCUCAUGUCCGGCAUUCUUCAACAGGGCUACUCGCUCGGCUAUGUCUUCGCCGCAUGUGCUAACCUCGGCGUCGGCGGCUCUACUGAGUCCUGGAAAAUUGUCUUCUGGAUUGCAGCAGGCAUCUCUAUAGCCGUCGGCUUUAUCCGCAUGCUCUUUCCCGAAUCAAAGCAAUUCAUCGAGGCCAAGAAGGCCGGCAAGCAGAAGAACCACACGCCUGGCCAAUUCUGGGUCGAAACCAAGAAGAUGCUAGCGACAGAAUGGAAAAUGUGUAUCUACUGCAUCAUCUUGAUGACCUGGUUCAACUACUACAGCCACACGAGCCAGGAUUCCUACACGACGUUCAUGCGCACGCAGAAGGAGCUUAACAACGCGCAGGCUAGCCGCGCCUCCAUCCUUAUGAAGGUCGGCGCGUGUGUCGGCGGCACAAUUAUCGGCUACCUCUCCCAGUGGAUCGGCCGGAGGCGUGCUAUCAUAGGUGCGGCGCUGAUCAGCGCCUGCAUGAUCCCAGCCUGGAUCCUUCCGGAGGGCGAGCGCAGCUUGUCUGCUUCGGGCUUCUUCAUGCAGUUCUUCGUUCAGGGCGCGUGGGGCGUCAUUCCUAUUCACCUCAACGAACUCUCGCCGCCUGCGUUCAGGUCUUCUUUCCCUGGCAUAACCUACCAAAUCGGCAACAUGAUCUCUUCUCCAAGCGCCCAAAUCGUCAACGCCAUCGCCGAGGCCAUCAGCAUGCGCUCCUCCCACGGCAAAGCCGUUCCUUCGUACGGCCCCACCAUGGGCAUUGCGACCGCUAUCAUUGCCCUCGGCAUCGUUGUCACUACUGCAUUUGGCCCGGAGAAGCGCGGCAGGCAUUUCGAGCUGGCGGGCGCGGCAGGCGCGGCGCAUGUGGCGCCUGAGGGGAAAGAUGUUGAGGAUAGGUUGGCGUCUGUGGGGUCGAAGGGUCAUGCUGAGCAGAUGGAGCUGGAUGAGAAGCGGUGA